AUGACGUACGGCGACCUCUCUUGCUUCGCCCCGUUUUCUCCGUACGGCGGCCCGUACUCGAUCGACGAUGUGUGCUCGUUCAACUUUGCGUCGCACUCGCUCUUUGACCGGAUGCAGAGCAACCUUUCCACGACGUUGGAUGGCCUCGACGACGAAGACGACGACGGCGCUGGCGAUCGCCGCGGGCGUCAUGGCAAGGUUGCCGUGUCGCUGCCGGCCGCCUACCAACUGAGCGAUGAGUCGAUGCAAACCCUCAAUCGUAUCAUUUGCACUGUCAACAUGCUCCUGUUCCGUAUCUUUUCCCGGGUCAAGACGUGGGACGAUGCAUCGGCGUGCCGGGACGCGAUGCCAGUGCUGAUGGAGCUCCUCGGGCAUGGCUUCAAGGCGUCGGUCCCGCUCUCGUUCCUAAUCCAAGAAAAGUGGCACGUGUCCGAGUCUGUCGCGUCCUACUCGCACACACUUCGGAGCUUCAUUGACCUCAUCAAGACGCGCGGCAAGUCGAUUCGAUACCUCCAAUUUCUCGUCGUGCUCUGCAGCGCCAACGGCCACGCCGUCGCCAAGAUUCAAGAAAAGCUGUGCGAGCUUCUCUUCGACACAGAGGACAGCGCAGCGCUCUUGGUACCGACACAGCCUACCGGCCACGGCUUUAAAAUUUGCAUCCCCGCCAAACCGUCUGGCGAGCGCUGGGUCGACCUUGACGUCUUCUACAACGAGUACUACGACAGCAAACGCCAUACGACGCUGGCGCCAUACUACUACGGCCUACUACAGCUCUAUUGUGCGCUGUGCAUGGACCGCAACUAUGUGUGCAUCCAGCGUCUCCGGGCCAUCUUUCCCCGCGCCAAUUUGCUCGAAACGGUCCAGGAUGCAGGGUUGUCACGGUCCAUGCGCGCCGUCUUGCUUAACUUGCUCGUGGUGCUUCACGUCGACUGCGAGCCGCAGACAGUACUCCCGAGUCCACGCUACACACGCAUUUGGAAGAACGCGGUCGUCGAAGUUCCAUCGAAUGCUCUUCACGGCGCAGACGGCGAAUUUUUUGGCGACCUCAAGACGGUGCUUUUGCGCUACUUUAGGAAGCACCGCGGCGUCAUCGUCAUUGUCGAGUACCCGCAAAAUGAACUCACGCUGGCGAUGGUCCGGGCGACGCAAAAACUCGUGGUGUUCGGCAUGUUUAGCAGCGAUCUGCGCCAUCUGGUGCCCCUCCUUGUCGAUCUCUUGGACAGUCGGACAGACUUGGUCGAGGCCCAUCGCCCCGCAACGAGCACGACAGUCCCCGAGUACUCGGUGCCGUUUUUCGAGAACAGCGUCCAGCGGCAAAAACACCCCGCGUACCGCCAGUACAGCGUGCAUGACACCGAGGUCCAGCCGAUGCUUCCGUCGCACGAGCCGUCGUCGCCCUGUGACGUCCAAACGCCAUCGUCCGGCUGGCACGCGGCCUACAAAAAGGCCAAGAAGGAGCUACAUCGCUUCUCCGCGCUCAGCGCAAAGUCAUCUUCGUCAUCCCUCCGACGGCUCCCCGACUCGAAGUACACGAUGAGCGAGUGGAACAAGGUUGUCAUGGACAUCAAGGAGAGCAUUUGCGCGACCUUACUGUGCAUCGAUACGUUUCGACUCGACUAUCAACUUUCCAGCGUGCUCUACACCCUCCACAGUACGGCGAAACGAUGCUCGUCGUCACCACUCGCAUCAUCUCUGUGGGGAGCGAGCAGCAAGCGUGGUACGCCAUUGACGUUUGCGAUGCAAAACGACUCACUGGAGUGUAUCUACUCGCUUCAUGUUCUCGCGGGAAGACGCCUUGACACGGUCUUGCUGCAAGCGCUCAUGUACGAGCACCCGCCGCUGGUCUCGAAAGCACUCGAGCUCUACAUGCAGCAGUUCAACCAGCACGACCAGCUCAUGAAAGCGCUUUCAAGCACGCUCGUCAUUGCGGACGAUGCCACCGUCCAAAUGUACGCGCGGUUGCAAGCCCACGUCAACGAUCUGCGACGGCUUGCUGAGACGACCGAGGUCUGGAUGGACUUGACGUCAGACGCCGAUUUUUCGACGGCGAGCAAGGCGUGCGCGACGCUCCGAGCGAUCCUCGAUGCGUUCAACUCCAAGGAGUCGCAUCGUGCCGUCAUUCACCGUAUUUUGCGCAACAUCCAAGCGAUCGACCAUGUCAUCGCGAUGGUUUCAGCUGGGAGCCAUUUUUUCCACGCACUAUUUCCCUCCAAAGUGCGACGCGGUGCGAGUGGGUGUGGACCCACGCAGCGGUAUCGGUCCACCAUGAACGUUCCCGAAACUGUGCUCGAAGAGAGACAACGCAGCGCGCUUUACGCCGUCUACUCGCACUGCACCGAGUUCCUCGGCCACAUUUGUCAGCACCCCGAGAACGCACCACUCAUGGACGCGCACGCAGACACGCUCUUGGAUUUUGCAGAAGCACUACCAGCCGCGCAAGAUGCACUCUGUGGUCUCUACCUCAGAGGCCGCACCGAUGCAACCCCGAAAGCGGUCAUUGCGUGGUUUGUGCGAUGGACCGUCGCGUACAAAACCGACGGCGAAGCACGGUUUCUCGAGUUCUUGCGGUGCUUGGCCGCUCGCCCGCGCGAUCGAGCAACGAUCCUUCAGCAGCUACAGCAAUACCCGAGCAUUUACCAUGACUUGACGAACGGUCGCCACGCCAAGUACGUUGCCGCCGUCUUGAACCUUCUCGCCGCUUGUGCACCGAGGGCCGAAGCCAACGACACAUGUCGUGUGGAGUUUCUGUCGCUUGACGAGUGGCUCGCAGUCUUGGAAACCGGCCUCGCGGCGCACGAGUGGGCAUUGGGACUCGCGUGCCUUCGGUUCUUCAAGGACGUCAUUUUGGCCCAGGACGACGUUUUCGAUGGCGUUCCGGCGUCGUUGCACCUACGCAUCUUGCAGCGUGUGAGCGACCUGACGACCAAGUGUAUCCGAUUGGAUCUUCUGGCGCUCCAGCAGGUCGAUCUGCAGCUGGCGGCACCCACAGCGUCGCGAUACACCCUCGAUGCGAUCAUGCUCGUUCUUGUGCCGGCCCUGGAUGCCUACCUGCCACGUAUCAUGGGCAUUGUCAAGCCAAAAGCCGAUGAGUGGCGCGAGUGGCUCGCAGCGUGGUAUCUCUGGCUUUUUGGUGCAUGGGUGCCAGCGGACGCUCGGAGCAAGGACGAACUGCACAACUGCCUUCAGUACAUUGAAGUGCUUUGGGCGACAGAGAUGCUUAGCGACCUGUGGUGCGAUGUUUUGGAGCGCAGCGAACGCCCUCGGCUGGACCCGGGUCUUGGUGGGCUCCGCAGCAACGCGCCAUUUGUGCUCGACCUUGACAGCACCACCUUCGCAGACCUCUUGAUCGAAGCUCAAGCGUAUCACGCUUUCUUGAAGCAUGAACCCAAGUCGUCAGCAACUGCCGUCGCUUCGUCACGUCAGCUCCCGACGUUGCAGGCGCCGCGGGCGUCGGCGCUCCAUGACUUUGUCACGGCGACUGACAUGUCAGAGAAGCUGCCGUCGCUGAACAUUGCGUUACUUGAAGCCAAACCGUCCUGGGUACGCAAGGUUCAGACCAAGUACGGAUGGGAGCUUGAAAUGUCCGACGGCGUGGCCCACGGUCACAAAUUAAAAAGCAACGCAUACCGCAUGCCCAGGGGCAGCGACAGUGCCGACGAAGAUAGCGCGAUCGUGCAAGACUUUGUCCUCUACUUGCGCCGUCACCAUCGCAUCAAGAUCGCCGUGCGUGACGAGCUGAGUCACAUGAUGCGCAACAUUGUGUCCGUACAGGUGCAACUCAAAGCGGAGAGCCAAACAGCUCCGACGCUACCGCUCAUUGCACUCACGUUUGACGACAUUGUGGCCAAGCUAGUGUCCCACUUCAAGAUGCUCAAGUACCCGAAGCACAUCAAGAUGUCGCUGACGCUACUGGAGGUCUUUAUCCAAAUGAUCACGUCGGUCGAUACGCCGGGAAGCCGAAACGCGAUGCAAGCCAAACUCGACACGCUCGGCGCUACGGAGCUUGUUGUGGACCUCGUUAGCACUACGGACGACCAAGCCGUACAGGACAAGGCGAUCGAACUCGGCAUUGCCCUCCUCAACGGCAUGAAUGCUAAGGUCCAAGAACACUUUUACGCAAUUUGGAUCGAGAGUGCCAACACCGACUUUUUUCAGCGGCUUCAAAGCCGUCUCGAGGCAGCAAUGACGCACGACAACAUGACGCAAGAGCUUCGCUUGACGCCGAGACGUCCGAAGAGCCCGCUAAAAGCGCCGAGCCAUGAAGGCGCCUCCAAGUACGAGGCCAUGACGCGGCUGCUUCGGUUCCUCCAGCUGCUCUGCGAGGGCCACUACCUCGACGCCCAGCGCUACUUGAUUGCGCAGCGAACAUCGUCACACAACUUGGUGUCCGCGACGGUCGCGUACCUCUUGGACGUGUCGGGCGCUCUCUCGGCCGAGACGUUGGUCGUGUACAAGCAAGUCUUUGACACGAUUACGGAGUGUUGCCAGGGUCCGUGCCACGAAGCCCAAGAGACAGUGGCGACCUACGCCUUCGUGUCGACAAUCAACGAGCUCAUGCUCUUUUCAUCCAAGCCAACACAUCACAUGUCGGACGCGUCGCUCGUGCUGUAUCGCGAUCUCAAGGCGUCGAUCGUCAUUUCGCUUCUGAGUCUCUUGGAAGGUCGCCACGACCGUCAAAUUCAUGACCGCCUCGUCCAAGAACUCAACUUUGAUGCGCUCAAAGACAACGUCGUCGACGUCUUUCAUUACUUUGAGCACCGUUACAACGGUGAAUACGAUGGCAACGAGCGCUGCAGCCACGACGCAUACCUUGGCAUGGGCUUCAACCUGCACAUCCUGAUGCAGCAGCUCAUCGAACACCAGCCGUCGAUCGCAGAAGCGCUGCAACCACGCGCGACCAAGGUCACCAAGCACAAAAGCGCCAAGGAUGCAUCCUACGAGAAGGCCUAUCGCUUCUUCCACAAACGCUGCGCGCGCGUCGAGAUCGUAUGGCCCAUCGUCGGAGGCAGCGACACGGUACCGCCGCUCAUCGCCGUGCACUUUCCGAUCCACCCGAUUUGCGUAUGUGUCACCGACGCGACGCGCCAGCGGCUUUUCCAAGACGUCUCGCGCGAUGCCAACAAGCUGUACGAUUUCUACGUCAAGACGCACGUGGUGCUCGAAGAGAUGGAGCACCAAUGCACGCUCCGUCAAAACCACUUGAAAGCCGUCCUCUCCAAGAAUGCGUCGCAAAUCAAGUUGCUCACGUUUAUCUGGUCGCUGCUCUUGAACCUCGUCGUUUUGACCAACUAUGCGCUGGUGACGGUCUGGUACUUUAUGGGCUGCAUCCACGUCUUGCUCACGGUCGUCCUCCUCUUCAUGUACUGGACCAACUCGGUGCCGCUGCUGCUCCAGCGACGUGCGACUCAAUAUGCGUACGAAGAAGCGCCGUCCAUGCGUGUGGACGACAAGAAGACACUGCAAGACGUCGAGCGGCUCGUGCGAUGCGUCGGCAGUGACAUCAAGGUCCAACCGCUCUCGCGAGUCGAGACAGUCUACGUGCUCUUGACUGACGGUCGCUUGUGGUAUCGCGGCCUGCUCGUGUGCGCUGCGAUUGCAGGUGUCUUGAUCGAGCCGCUCUUCUUUUCGUUUCACCUUGUCGACUUUAUCAACCGAUCGCAGGAGCUUCGGGAUGUCUUGCGGGCGGUCGUCGUCCCUGGAAAGACGCUGCUGCACAUCGUCGUCUUUUACCUUCUCCUCGUCUACGUGUUUGCUGUGGUUGCGUACACGUACUUUCCCGGCGACUUCAAGGUCGACGCCAAUACCAACGGCUGCGAGACUGUGUGGGAGUGCUACCUCACAAGUCUGGACCAAGGCUUCAAGAACGACGGCGGCCUCGGCGCGUACCUUCCGAACCAUCGCCGCGGCAGCGACUCGCUCGGCUACAUCCGGUUCUUCUACGACCUUGCGUACAACAUCGUCUUGAUCAUCGUGCUCAUCAACCUCACGUUCGGCGUCAUCAUCGACACGUUCGCGUCCCUGCGCACGUCGCACAAGGAGCAGCUGGACGAGAACCGGGACCGGUGCUUUGUGUGCUCGAUCGACGGGUACACGUUCAAUCGACUAACGCGCCGCGGCUUCGAGUACCACACGACCACCGAACACAACGUGUGGCACUACAUCUAUCUCUUUGCGCAUAUCCGCAAAAAGCCCUUCACCGAGUACAACGGCGUCGAGCUCUACUUGGCGCUCAAGAUGGCGCGCGGCGACGUCUCUUUUUCCCAACUCGCGACAUCCACGCCGACGCCCAGCCACGACUCAACGCACGACGCCUUGCUGCGCGUCGAGGCCCAGCUCGCUCGCCUGCUUCAAGCCCACGCGACGCUCGACGCCAAAUGCGACGCGACCACGCGCCGACUCGACGAGUGGAUGGCCAAGCCAGUCUCGCCCACGAUGCACUCGGCGACGGCAAAUACUGUCUUCUUCCCGGAGACCGACCAGGACGACGCUCCGUCUGCCGACGAAUGA